AUGAAGUUAAGUAGUGAAAUGAUGUCUGUUUAAAGUUAUUUAUAUGAAUAAGCUCAUCUUAAAGAAGAAGCCUCUAAAAAAGAAAUCAUUAGACUUAUUAGAUUAGUAAUAGAUAGUCUUGAAAAGAAUAAAAAUAUCAAAGAAUUAAAUGAAUAACUCUCUAAAUUAAUAAUAGGAUUAAGAACAUGUAUUAAUUAAUAAGAAGUUUCAAAUUAUAUUAUUUAAUUAAUUCAAAUUAUUCGAGAAAUCACUAAUAAUCAUUAAUUUUAAAAAGAAAUUUAAAAUGAAAAUGAUAAAGCAUUACUAAUUAAACGAAUUCAUGAAUUAGAAUUAUAAUCCAAAGAAACUUAAUUUCAAUUCGGUAAUAAUAAUUAAUAAAUAUUAUUUUAGAUAUCAAAAUCAAAAAUUAUGAAACAAAUCAAAAAAUCUAAUAAUAUUAAGAGAAAUUAGAAUAAAUAAAAAAAUAAAAAAAAUAAAAUGAUGAAGUAUUUAAACCUUAAUGCAAUUCUCCUUAAAAAAUUGAAUUGAAAAAUCAAAUAAAACUUAUGUAAUAAAAAAUACAAAGUUUAUCAGAAAAAGAAAAGAAAUUAAUACAAUUAGUAAAAGCAGUUAAAUCUAGAGGGAUUGAUGUUGAACAUAUUUAUAAAAACAUCAAUCAAAUAUCAAGUAGAAAUAGUAGAAUUACUAAAGAUGAAACACAAAAUGAAUAUGUUGAUAGUUCACAUUCUGAUUUUGCUGAUAUCUCAUAAUUAGAUUUUGGUCAAACUUUAAUCAAAAGAAACUAAAAAUUUUUAUUUGAUUGA